GCAGAGCCUGAGUGUGUUUGAGGUUGGACUACGGGGAGAUAACAGAGGCGCUGGCUCCACUAACACCAGUGGAUGAAAAGAGCUGAGUGGAAUGGAGGGACUGAACCAAGGCGCACAGACCGGCCCCGUUUGAAAUAUAUCACAAGGGAAGAGAUGCUUGAAUGAGACCAGGGGUGAUGCGGAGGGUAAUUAGGAGUUUUGAUGAAGAGUUAUGGUUAUUUUCCAAAAUGGCACGGAUUUGCGCUCAUCCAGAUGCGCACUUUGCAAAGAUGACAUAGCACUUGAGAAAAUGGGAUUCCUCCAGGAACAGAACUCACUCACGAGCUGAAUGACAUUAUAAAAGGGAUUCAAAUCGGAUUUUUGUUUUUCGCUUAAUUAUUAUUUUUAUUUUACUUGAUACGCGUCGGUUGUGUGUGAACUCAGAGUGAAAUAUGAAUCUGGGCAAAGCACUUCUGUUUUUUCUCCUCUCGAGUUGUGUGACAAUGACUUUCUCGCUCUCCACUUGCACCACUGUGGACAUCGACCACAUAAAGAAAAAGAGAGUGGAGGCGGUCCGGGGACAGAUUCUGAGUAAACUCCGGAUGACCAGUCCGCCUCAGGCAACAGGUCCGAGCCAGGUCCCGUUUCAGGUUCUGGCCCUCUACAACAGCACCAAGGAGCUCAUUGAGGAGCUGGGAAGAGACCGGCAGCAGAGUUGCGGACAGGAAAACACUGAGACCGAGUACUACGCCAAAGAGAUUUACAAGUUCAACAUGAUCAAUGGUCUACCAGAAAACAAUGACCUGCCUUACUGCCCCAAGGGUACAACCUCUAAGGUAUUCCGCUUCAACGUGUCGAUCCUGGAGAAGAAUGCCACCAACCUGUUCCGGGCCGAGUUCCGAGCCCUGAGGAUUCCCAACCCGAGUGCCAAGAGAAACGAGCAGAGGAUUGAGCUGUACCAGAUCCUCCAGAAAGACGACCCCAAAGCCAAGCAGCGUUACAUUGGGGGCAAGAACGUGCUGACCAAGGGGACUCCUGAGUGGGUCUCCUUUGACGUGACAGAGACGGUGAGGGAGUGGCUGAUGUACCGACAGACCAACCUUGGCCUGGAGAUCAGCGUGCACUGUCCCUGCCACACUUUCAGGCCUAAUGGAGACAUCAUAGAGAACACCAAUGAGGUGCUGGAAGUGAAGUUCAAAGGUAUGGAAGGAGACUUUGAGGAGCUGAGCCGUGUGAAGAAACAGAAAGAGCAGCUGUACCCUCACCUCAUCCUCAUGAUGCUUCCUCCCCACAGGCUGGAUGCCCACUCCUCCUCCCGCAGGCGCAAGCGGGCACUUGACACCAAUUACUGCUUCAACAAUUAUGAGGAGAACUGCUGCGUGAGACCACUAUAUAUUAAUUUCCGUCAGGAUUUGGGCUGGCGGUGGAUCCAUCAGCCCGAAGGGUACUACGCCAACUUCUGCUCUGGUCCGUGUCCUUACCUUCGGAGCGCUGACACCACCCACAGCUCGCUGCUGAGCCUCUACAACACCUUAAACCCUGAAGCCUCCGCCUCUCCCUGCUGUGUUCCUCAGGACUUGGAGCCCCUCACCAUCCUCUACUACGUGGGACGCUCUCCUAAAGUCGAGCAGCUCUCAAAUAUGGUCGUCAAGUCCUGCAAGUGCAGCUAAACAUCAGGGACACGGAGACACACGGAUGAGAAAACUUGUUAGGAGGAGGGUGGAAUUUAAGAUGAGCAGGAUGCAGUUCGUCCUGGAUGAGUUCCCCUACCACCACUCCGCUCACAAUUACUGACUUUUAACAAGACCGGACAAACACCACUUCAUCAACAUUGAGAUCAGUAUUACUUACACUUUUAAAAAAAUGUCACAACAUCUUGAAACGUUCACUAAACGGAGAACAGAUCUUGAAGCGCUCUCGUGGAUGUAAAACAACCAAGAAGAGGCUGAGGAGGCCGACUUAACUCAGCAUGUUUGCAGAGAGAAAACUGAUCUCUUGGCCUAAAAACACGGGACACAUUUCGAUGUCCGAGCUGGAAGCUGACGCUGUGGACGCCGCUGCUCCCUACACUGUUUAUUUAGGAUUUAAUGCUGUCGAAUAAAAAUGACAUUAGGAAUUUAAAAAAAGAUAUGCUGGAACCCAAUCUUUUUUCUACGUAGUACGUUAAAGGUUAUGUUUACCUCUGUAAUGCUACAGCAUGGUGAUUCCAGGGAUUGAAGCCUUUCUGUUGUAUGAGUUGAUGUAUGGCACUAAGUGAACCCAACUAGAUCACAAACUGUAAAUGUUUUAUUACUCUUAAAAACACUUUUUUUAAUAAAAAUAAAAAAUGGA